AUGUUCUCCUUCGUCCGCGCUUUGCUCCCGGUGCUGGCUUCCUCGGACGGCACGACAGCAUGCACAAUCUGGAGCAACGAAAAUCAAGCAAGCGGCUACCAUCCGGCUAUCAGCAACGCCUCGUCACGUCUGGCAGACUCGUCACUCAAGCAAUUGAUCCUCGGCCAAGUGUGGAGGGCCCAAUCGUCAUCAACAGCCACUUACCCGCCCACUAUAAACCAGCCGGCGCAGCCGAACUCGCUCUGUGGGCUCGGUGGCUGUGCCACAAGGCAGACCACUAAUCCGUUCAACUUUUUCGUGCAGGUUAGUAAACCGUGCAGUCUUUUCUCUAAAAAAACAAGUAACUACUUUUUGAUACAGCUGCCGAGCCCGCAGUGUUCCGUUGUUAUUUCGAUUGAGUGCUUCCAUACCAUCCGUUCCUUGCUGUUGCAAUCGGGUGACAUCGAAACUAAUCCUGGUCCUGAUACUAACGCCAUACUAGCCGAGCUAAAAAGACUAUUCACCGGUCAAUCGAAAUUACUUGCAGAGGUACAAGACCUUAAAACCCAGCUUUUAACAACAGAUAAAGCCAUAUCAGAUUUGAGCGGGCGCAAGACUGCGCUCGAAAACCAAUAUCAAAAUCUCGCCCCCGUGCGCACCAAAUUAGAAAAUGUGAAAAUCGAGACGGCUCAGACGGCCCGUUUGGUCUGUGGCCUGGAGGCGCGCUUCGACGAUGCCGAAAAUCCUUCUCGACUCAACAACCUUAAUUUCUAUGGCAUCCCUAACUCCACUGGACCAGAAACGUUUGCCCAAUCUGAACAACUCGUCAUCCGGCACUGUCGUGAUCACUUGAACAUAACCAUAGACCCCACAGAAAUAGAGCGUGCACAUCGUCUUGGACAUCAUACAUCUGACCGCCCUCGCCCAGUAAUCGUUAAAUUCACGUUCUAUAAGACAAAAGACACCAUACUAGCUAAUGGCCGCAAGUUCAAAGGAACAAGUUUCAGUGUUGGCGAAGACUUUUCUCGGCCCGUCCAAAAUGCUCGCGAACACCUACUUGCGUUUGCAAAAAGCAAAAAUACGCCAUUUUCUUUACGGUUUAAAACACUACUCAUGGGCCCGAAACGCUAUGUUUUUGGUGAACCAUCACAGACUGUAAAGGAAACAGCAUAG